AAAAAAUUGAGGGUCUCUCGUCCAGUGGAAAAUCUGCCCCUCAUUAUCCGUCGCAAAAGCCGUCUUUCUUUUUUCCCACUACUCGAUAAUUUUCUAUCAACAAUCUUCGAUAGUCGUCUCACCUUCUUCUUGUCUAUCGUUCAUCAGAAAUCUCUACAUCCACCGCCAACAUGAUUAUUUUCAGAGAUGCCCUUACCGAGUCGAAGGACGAGCUCCUGUCCGACUCCUUUAAGCUGAAGGACAUCGAUGGAAUCGCCUACGAAGCUGACUGUGCCAUGAUCGAGAUCGACGCCGUCAACGUCGACACUGGUGCCAACGCCUCUGCUGAGGAAGCCGACGAUGGUCUCGAGGAUUCCGCCCAGAAGGUCAACAACAUCAUCCACUCUUUCCGUCUCCAGCCCACAAGCUUCGACAAGUCCUCCUACUUGUCUUAUCUCAAGGGAUACAUGAAGAGACUCGCGAAGCACUUGAAGGACACCGGAAAAUCCGAUGAGGAGAUCAAGGAGUUCCAGACCAAGGCUCAGGGAUUCGCGAAGAAGAUCGUUAGCAACUUCAAGGACUACGAAUUCUACACCGGCGAGAGCAUGGAUGUUGACGGAAUGGUUGUCCUCCUCAACUACCGCGAGGAUGGUGUCACUCCUUUCGUCACCAUCUGGAAGCACGGUCUGGAUGAGAUGAAGGUUUAAAGGCCUAAUUGCUAGGACGGAAAAACUUUUCAUGAAUGCUAUACACGACUUGCACCACACCGACGACUUGAUGCCCUCUUUUUUCUCUCUACGCCACGGAAUGCGGAACUUAGGCUUAUUCAUGUAGAUUCGUUCUCAUACGAAAUCUACCUGGCGCAUUGUGCAGCCCAUGCCUGAGUCCAGGAAAAAAUACCAAUUUAUUGCCAGUACCUGGAAAGCUUUCAA